ACCGGCUAAGGAAUUGUUUAAGCUCUCGUCACCAAAGACUCGCCGCGGAGCUAUGGAGGCAUUAUAACCCGCUACCUGCUCCCCCCUUGUUAGCCUCGGAACAAAAUUACGAAUGAGUAUGGAAUUCAGAUUCAGCUAAAGUCCCUCGCUAAUCCACCCCGGCCUAGACCAUUAACGAUUUUUUAAUUAUUUUCUGACAGAUUAAAUGAUUGAUGUAAGUAGGCGGCGCUUAGCAUGGCGGUCAGCUCGCAUCGGCGCGUAAAGAACAACAACAAAAAGCACACGAGUGUUAUCCAAUACUGACGCCCCCCUCCCCCCUGAAGGGAAGCUAUCUCGGCGGUAUUUGAGCGACGUGCCUCAUCACAAAGCAAAUUAAGUUGAUACUGCCGUCUGAUCGACGGUGCACACAAUGCGGUAGUCAGUCUCGGCAACUAUCGCGAACACGAUGGACGCAAAGUUCCUCUUGGUUUGGACGGUGUUUUCGUGUCUUCACGUGUACGGUGCUAGCGUAGACGGCCUACAAACAGCUUCCGUAGAAGUUGUGAUCUAUGAAAACACUGGAAGUGACUACACGACCUAUACUUAUGAACUUAAAGGGAAAUUUUCAAAAGCUGGAGCGGCGACGAGCGCAGAGGGUGAUAUUUUGCAGAUCCACCCCCUUGGAUUAUGUAACACUUCAGAUGACAGAGAUCUUUACGAAUAUGGAUGGGUAGGCGUGGUAAAACUUACUGCCCCAGAUGGACAGAACAGACCAUGCUUCACUUUAUUUGAGAAGGCAAAGCGAGCCAUGCAAAGAGGUGCAACUGCUAUCAUAUUUGACACAACAGAUGUCCCUGAUGCGGUUGAGGAGCUCAACUCUAUUGAGGACCAGGCAGUCAGACCUGUGGUUUUGAUAAAAGGGCCAGAUGCCAAGAAACUUAUGAAUAUUUUGAAGAAUCAAAAGGUAGCAAGGGCUAGGAUACAAUAUGGCGUUGCUGGUUACACGCCACAGCGGGCUGCAAAUGAGUAUCUGGAUAUGGUCAUUUUCAUGACCUUCUUCAUCCUUGUCUCUGUCAUAUGCUUUAUUCUUCUUCUGAAGAUCAAAUGGCGACAAAAGCAAAAAGAGUCCUCUUUAACAAGAAUGGCGCUACACGCGUUGUCAAGAAUGGAAACCAGACAAUACGAAAGCAGUUUGGCAAACUCUGAACGCUCGAGCCAUAUAGAAGAAGACGGGCUUAGCGAGACUGCAAGUUUGGCUAGCCACGUUACGGAAAAGAACCCUAAAUGUGUCAUCUGUUUGGAAGGAUUUAAAAAUGGCCAGGACUUGCGAAUAGUUCCUUGUCGUCAUGAGUUUCACAAGGAGUGCGUGGAUCCAUGGCUUUUGUCAAAUUUUACAUGUCCUUUGUGUAUGCUAAAUAUUGUGGAGCGCGAUAAUUCAAAAAAGAAACCUGGCCGCCCGCGCCGCUGGUUCUCGUCUCUUGCUUGCGGGCGCUGCUUAAGAGUCCGGGAAGCGGAGCAUUCUCCUCUUAACUUGAAUACGUUUCACCACGACUUUCAAAUUGUCUCCAUACAAGAAUCAGAGCAAGAGGACUCUAAUAAAUAUGGAAAUACAACGAACAAUGACGCGCCAUUGCGGUCAGGGCGUGAAUCGAACUCUGUUGCGAAUCUUAGCGAUAUCUCGUCAGUGGACUUUAACAGAGAUAUCGAAGGAAGAAUAUCCGAGGCGAAUUCUAGUGACGGCACGUGCGCGUUCGGUUAUAUGCCUGUUUUGCCGCCAUUACGGAGGGACUACACACAUCAAAUGGUCGUAGUGGCGCCGCUCAAAGCGGGAAUGCUAGACGCUUCGCAGGAAGAUAUUGUAUAGCUGUGAAUCGAUCUAUGAAUUCGCCGUGGGACAGCCGCUCUGACCCGAUCGGUGGGCGUCCAUCCGUUACCCCACCCUUUCACCAAGGGACGCUUUAAUUUAAUCCUACAGAACUGCCGCAUUCGAUAAUAUACCAAGAUUUUUCAAGCAGAUGCCUUCGAAAAAUCUUGCCAAAGUUAUGGCAAAGCUAUCACGCGAGUCUGUGUUAAGGGAAUCGGGAUUUUCUAGCGAAAUUCUGUCCGUGCCCGAGAUUUGAUUUAAAGUAUACCGCGCGUAAUCUGGUACUACAUGCUAUUUCAGUUUUACUUUACACUUCACACCCAGUGUUUUGCAGUACAGCUGUGUGGGCUUCUAAGCAACAGUCGUUACUGCUUAAGCUUUCCCUAAACACGCUGAUCUGACCAUCUUGUUGCACGGCUUGUGAUGUGGAAUGCACCUCGGGGCUUUUGACACAGAUGACGCUCGUUUUAUUCUUCACUAGCAAUUACCACACAGAUAACCAUCAUGAAUGCUCCUCCUAGACUUGCACUCAUUCAAGUAAACUCGGAACUCUCCUAACAUCUGAACAUACACCAUUUCUUAAGAUAAACUCACUAUCUCUUGCUUAAAGCUCCUGCUGUUAUGAGGCUUAGGACUGGAAUCCGCGAAAAUUACUCCUAAUCCAAAGAAGGCAGGGAGUAUUUAACAACACUCUCUCCUCUCACAUGUGGGAUACAUUUACCACCCCAAAGUUCUCGCUUGUACAGCGUCAGAUUGUCACGCAAGCUCUUGCUCAAAAGAUAUCUCAUCACUGCACACGCGUUUAUCGUCUUGAAGAGUUUUAUAUCGAUUUAAUAUAUGCACCGAUUUUAUAUAGAGCUUUUAUUAAAAAGUCUGUGAAUCUCGACUCGGUGCAUAUGCGAAAAAAACCUUGGUGAAUAGAGGCCGCCCAAAGCUCGUUUCUAGGACAAAAGCGCUGGACUCUCAAUUGAGAAGACAAUGUGCUUGGAACGAGCUUUAGGUGUAUUAUAUAUAUGUUACAUCGACUGAUAAAGUCAAUACAAAUUAGCUUAAUUUCGUACUUGUAAAUAGCAAAUCAAGAGAUCUAUUUUGAAAAAAAACAUUAAGAAGUCAACGGUUUUGAUUUUAUUUUAUAAAAGUAAAUGAUUCAUUUUGAGCUAAUAAGAAAAUUAAAUAAAAUAUGAGGAAAUUAAGUUGA